ACGAAAUCGAUCAUAGAGGGAAUUUUCUCUAUUUGCUCGCCUACAACUCCUGCAGCCGUUCCACCUUAACACCCCCAUCGUGAACGGCCUAAAUGGUUGGAGUUGCCCCUCUCCACGCUCAUAUUUAUCUCUCCCCUCUUCUAUUUCAAGGCAUUCCAAACUCCCGUCCCUACCCACCUCUCUCUCCCUCUCUCUUUCUCCCCCAUCCCUUCGUUUUCAUCUUCUCAUCUCCUCUCCUCUACUUCUACCAAUUUUGCCUCCACAAUGAAUCCAUCUCCGGAGAUCAAUGGCUUCGUCCGAACUUCACCAAUUAUGAAGCUCAAUAAAGUCUCCACCACCACCAUCACCUCCACCUCAUCCACCUCCGUUUCUUCUGUCUCAUAUCGUCCGCCGGUCAUAAUCUACACACAAUCCCCCAAAAUCAUCCACACACGGGCUUGUGAUUUUAUGGCCCUUGUCCAAAAGCUCACCGGCUUCUCCCGCUCUUCCAAUGAUGACAUUAACGACAAUCCAACCACAUCUUCUUCUAACAAUGAUGAUAGCAUCCAUCUGAACAAGAAAAGAAAGAUCUCUGUUGAAAAGAAAAAGGAAGAAUUAAGCGAACCAUCAUUGGAUGACACACUGCAAUUGACGCCGGAGCAACGACCCUCCGUUACGCCGGCGACAACCAACUUUGAGCUCAAUCCGCCGCUGUCAGAUGUACCGUUGUUCAUGCAAGGGUUUACGACAGAGUUCUUCGACUUGCCCAAUGCAUUAUACAAAUACACCGAGCUGCCUGGAAGCUCUCCUUUGCCUAAUAUCAAUGGUGCAACGCCAACAUUCUCUGAGAUAUGAUCCAUCUUCUUAACUUUUUUCUUUCAUUUUUUUUUUCUUUUUGGUGCUGAUCGAGGGAAAUAAGGAUUUGUUAGAAUUGAUGGUAGUUUCAGAAUAAUAAUG